AUGUGCACCAAGGAUAUGCCUGCCAAGGAGGUGGCCCGGCUAAUGAACUGCAUCUCGAAUUGCAAGUUCUUGGAGGAGGAGUGGCAGUUCGUCAAGCGGCCAUACUCCCGCACAGACCCGCCGCCCGCGUCGGCCACAAUGCAGAUCCUCACAACCCAGUCGGUGGCCGACGCCCUGGAGCAAGGUCAGGAGUACCUGCCGGACCGGUCGGUGAGCGACGCGGACGACCCCGACUUGGGGGCGGCCGCCAUAGAGGAGGAUGACGCCACAUGUGGUGGUGGCGAAGCAGGUGGGGUCGAGGACUGGUGGGACGACGACAAGGAGAAGAGGUAUGCCUCCGCCUCCCUGAUCGGGGCGGUGGCGGGCUCCACCAACACCCGCCGCGUGGACCCAUGCGCCGAGCUCCAGGCGGCGACUCAGCGGAACGCGCAGGAGGCGCGGGAGGAGGCGGAGUGGCAGAGGGUCGAGGCGGCCAAGGCGCCGCGGGAGGAGGCGGACGCCGCGGCUAAGGCCCAGGCGGAAGCCGCGACCAAGGCACAAGCGGAGGAGGCGGUGUCAGCGCCAAGGACGCUGGACUUCGGGGCCGCAAGCUCUUCGGCCCCUGACGCCGAGGCCAGCAGCGCCGCCCCACCAAAGUGGACUCCUGGGGGCGGGACGAGCGUGCUGAAUCGGGCGGCGAAUGACGUCCAGGCCCAUCUUCGUGCCCAAGGCGACGCCCUCCAGCAGUACACAAAGGAGUUCUUGGCGAUGCGUACAGCCAUCCAGGACUACCACAACAUCCGCGCGGUCGCAUUCAACUCCCAUGUCCGGGAGCUGGCCAAGCGGACUGCUAACUUGGCCGACAGCCGGACCCAAACUGCACUGCGUGCCAAGGAGGAGGAGUGCAGCAAGGUGGCGCAGGAGUGUGAGCGCCUGGUCAAGGAGUUGGCGGACCAAGCGGACCAGCACAAGGCGGAGCUCAAGAAGCUCAAGGAGGCGGAAGACUCCCUCACGGCUGAAUUCGAGACUCAGCGCUCGAACUGGGCCGAGAGGGAGGCGAUCCUCACCACUGGCUAUGGCGAGAUUGAGGAAAUGAUCAACGACUUCUUUCCUGGGCACGUCGUCGCCGCCAGCCGGGCUAUCGAGGCUCGCCGCGACGAGCAAAGAGCGAAGGAGUGGAGAUCCCGCCCAACGCGCCCCGAAACAUGA